AUGUCAAGUGGCUUUUCUGAUUCAAAGGCUCACUUCUCAUCUUUAACCAUUGCUCCCUUGGAUGGUUCCUUUUGUUCUUCUGCUGAUGGUUCCCUUGUGAGUGAAUCCAUUCUUCCUGGAUUCACUGGAUGCUUUCUGUUGUUGACUGAGAUUUCCCUCUGUUUCAGAUGGCUUUUGGGGCCUCCCUCCUCCUCGGAGACUUCUCUUGGCCUUUCCUCUGCUCAAGGGCGGGCUGCAAUUUUUCGACUCUCCUUCGCCAUGGAUGAUGGUUCGAUGUUGCUGGUUUGUGCUCGUCCUGUGUCUUCUUUGCUGGUUGUGUUCGAUGCAGGGGCUGCUUUCCUGUCAGCUUGUAGCCCAAGUGUGAAGGGCGUGCUGGCUAAUUGGCGGAGGCUGUUCCUCGAGUCUACAAGAUUAACAUUCCUAGGUGCCUUUGAGAAGUUCAUACGGUUGACAAAGAUCCUGACAUUAACGGGUCAGCAAUACUCUGAAAAAGUGGCAGAAAAUUGUGUUGCCAUAUGGAAAUCUCUUGAACUUUACACUGAUGCGGAAGCAAAAGCCAUUGAAAAGUUCCUUGAGGUAUUCAACGAUGAAAACUGCCCACCUGGCUCCUCCACUCUUUUCACACUAUCAGCCCAUGGUUCAUUAACGAUCAGCUUUUCCAAAUAUAGUUCUGUGCCACAAAUUGGGACAGCAGUGAUAGAGAAUAAACUACUUGCAAAUGCAGUGCUGGAGUCUAUCAUUGUCAAGGAUGGUGUUUCUCCUGUAGCAAGGAAAAGCAUGGCAUCAAGAUUAUCAGCACUGUUCGAUGACUCUGGUGAAAAGGCGGCCCAGAAUGGGAAACCGGAGUCUCAGUCGUUUCGAGUUUUCUUAAUUAAAUUAAGAAAUUGA